AUGAGUCCCAGCCGUUCCUGCCGCUUCUGCGGCAGCGAGGAGUUGGAGCGAAGCGAACACAAAGGCGAACUCACCUGCUGCAGGUCAGCAGCAGCAGCAGCAACAGCAGCAGCAGCAGCAGCAGCAGCAGUAGCGGCGGCAGCAGCAGCAGCAAAUGAAGCUUCUGCUGCGCUGCUGCAGCCAAAAAGGGUCUCUCCUCGCCUGCAGCAGUUGCCGCCAUAUCAUCAUCAUCACCAUCACCAGCAGCAGCAGCAGCAGCAGCAGCAGGAGCAGCAGCAGCAGCAGCAGCAGCAAGUUGUUGUUUUACUGUGCUGGGGUGUAUACGCAGGUGCGGGGCUGUGCUAG